CGCUUGCCCCACCUAGUCCACCAGCUCCACCUGCUCAGUAAAAGGGUACCUCAUGAGGGCCACAGCCAUUGAGGCUCAGAAACUAAGCAAAAGGAGUCAUGUGUAGUCGAGGGGGUGGGCGGCGUCGGAGAGGCUAUGGGCCCAGUGGCUUCGAAGAAGCGGGUGGCUAUAUGGCUGCUAAGAUUACCAAACUGCAGGACCAGUAUAAAAAUUCUGUCAGCACCAGAGAAGGGGAGGAGAAUAAAGGAUUGUUCCAUGGAGUAGCAAUAUUUGUAAAUGGUUACACAGAACCCACAGCUGAAGAACUGAAGCGACUGAUGAUGGUGCACGGUGGGACCUACCACCAUUACUAUUCUCGCAGCCAAACUACCCACAUCAUUGCCAAUAACCUCCCAGACACCAAGAUCAAGAACAUGAACACAGAGAGAAUUGUCAGUCCCAAAUGGAUCACAGACUCUCUUGCUGCAGACCAUCUGCUUGACUAUACCAAGUAUAUUCUCUAUGGUAACCAAUCCAAGAGUCAACCACAGUUACAGUUUAAGUCAGUGCUGCCACCUGAUAAAGAUACAGAGCCUCGUAAGAGUGUGGAAGAUGAGCCUUCUGUGAAGGAUGAACAAAAAAUCAAGAGAUGCAAAGAAAGCAAGUGUAUUUCUUUGACAAAUUUGUCAAAUGAUGCUCUGGGUGCACAUCUGGAUAACGUUAUAGUCUCAGAAGAUACUGAAGUAAAAGCAGAGGGUGAAAGAAACAGUAAGAGACAUGAAGUGAGCUCUGCCAACUCUCCUAGCAGCAACAUUGACAAAAAACACAGUCCUGUUAAGGGACAUGCAAUGAGUACUGCCAACCCAAAGUUCCUCUCAGAAUUCUAUAACAACUCAAGACUCCAUCACAUAUCAACAAUGGGUGCUAUGUUUAAGGAAUAUAUCAAUGAAAUGCAAAACCAAGGUGAUGGCUUUCCUGGCAGAGAGAAACUAAAGGGAUGGAUGAAAAGUAGGGGGUUGUCAGAAAAUGGAGUAACUGUAAAUGAAAGUUUCCAAUUUUCAUCUCUUGAAGAUAAAAUCAAGAGAGUAAUCAUGCACAUUGACAUGGACUGUUUCUUUGUAUCUGUUGGGCUUCGGAAGCACCCGGAACUUCGGGACAAACCGGUGGCAGUGACCCAUGGAAGAGGGAACUCCCAGGGACAUGUAAGGGAAGGAAUGGAUCGCCAAUUUGAGUUAAACUACCACAAACAGCGUGCACAAAAUAAAUUAAAAGGCAAGAUACUUGCAACAGGAUCCACUACUAAAAAUCAAGAUGUGACAACAGAACAGCAGGAUGAUGAUGAGCUUAGAGAACAAAAUACUAAACAUUUAGAGAAGAGAUUUGCCACCAUUGACCUUAUUGAUGACACAAGUUCAUUGUCUGAGAUUGCUUCAUGUAAUUAUGAGGCACGCAAGGCAGGUGUAAGAAAUGGCAUGUUCCUUGGCCCUGCCUUGAAGCUAUGUCCGCACCUGAAGACCAUUCCCUAUGACUUUGAAGGAUAUAAGGAGGUAUCCUACAAGCUAUAUGACAUUGUGGGCAGCUUUACCCAUGACAUUGAGGCUGUCAGCUGUGAUGAGAUGUUUGUGGAUCUGACAGAACUCUUGCAGUCCUGUAAAUUGUCACCUCAGGAUUUCACAACAUACUUGCGGGAGAGAGUGCAGGAAGAGACCAAGUGUCCCUGCUCUGCUGGCCUUGGCCCUAAUAUGUUAGUGGCUCGUAUGGCCACUCGCCAUGCUAAGCCCAACGGCCAGCAUUGGGCUGACCCAGAGGACUUACAGCUCUACAUGAAGGACCACAAGGCCACAGAGCUUCCAGGUGUUGGCUGGUCCACUGGAAAGCGUUUGGAGGCUGAAGGGUUGACAACUUGUGGGGACUUGCAGAAGCGUUCCCUUGCUCAUCUCCAAUCACUGCUUGGACCUCGCACUGGACACUCUCUCUACAAUUACUGUCGAGGAAUUGACACCCGCACUUUGAAGAGGGACCAUGUGAGGAAGUCAGUAUCAGCAGAAGUGAACUAUGGCAUAAGAUUCACCUGCCAGAAUGAUGCACACAAGUUCAUCAGUGAGCUAGCAACUGAAGUAGAGAGCAGACUGGCAGCCAUCAGAAUGAAGGGAAAAUGUAUCACACUCAAGUUAAAAGUUCGUGCCAAGGAUGCUCCAAUAGAAACUGCCAAGUUCAUGGGUCAUGGUGUGUGUGACAAUAUAGCCAAGUCUGUCUCCCUCUCCUUGUCCACUUCAUCUGCAGACAUUAUCGAGAGAGAGACCUUGGGAUUGCUAAAGCAGAUCAAGAAUCCACCUCAAGAUUUCAGAGGUGUUGGAAUUCAGGUACUUGCUACAGUUCUAUAUUUGUAGAGUGUUAACACAAACAAGCUUUGUAGAUGUAAUGAUUGAUUCAUGUUAAACAUGGGAUGCUUGUAUCUUACACUAUGAUAAAUAAUUUCAUCAGUCAUAUUAGAUUUACUGUGAUUAGUCACAAACAGAUCAGCUAUUCAGUAUUAUUCAAACAGAAAUUAAUUGUGCCAAAAUUGAAGGGACUUAGCUCUGGUACAGUGCACAGCUUAUUGCCUAAUGUUUUACAUGUUAAUUUUGAAAUCAGUUACUUGAUGGGAGGGAUAGUGCUUUCUGGUAACCCUAGUAUGCCCUUUAUGACUUUGUUUUUGCACCAUUAUAAAUAUCUCUUAACUUUAAUUUCUGAAUUAUUUUUCAAUUUUUUGCAUAUUCUUUCACUACAGACCAAGUUUUGUGCCAGGCACUCAAAAAGUUUGCAUAAAUAUUUUGCUCCUUUCUGACAAAAAUUUCUUAAAAAAUGCUCAUAAAGCAAUUUUUGUAUACAGCAUGCAAAACAACACUGAUUUAAGAUGCUAUUAGUAGAAUUGUACAGUUCUUUUGAUGUCAUCAUGAGAGUUCCUACUAUAUGAUAUAUAUCACCCUAAACAGAUCCUUUUGAAAACUAUAAAAUGCAUCAACUUCAUUUUCAUAGCACACACAGAAAGAAAGAUUUUUCUUUUUUAUGCGACAUGAUUAGUUUUAGAUAAAGAUUAAUCAUUAAAAGAAAAUAAAUGAAAGGAUUCUGUUAAAGACACACAUGUGUGAAAUAUUGUAAAGGAUCUAUAAUAUUCUAAGAAUUACAAGUUCAAUUUGAAGAAAAGAAAUAUAUUAAGUAUAAUAUUCAGCUUUUAUUUUGAUUCUAUCUUACAUGUGUGAGAACUAACAGUUUUGUAGAGACUAUGAAUAUAAUAUGAGGUAACACUGAUGUAUUAGUAGAAAAGCUGCGUAAAAAUUGUGUUUUAUACCAGAGAGUGCACACUGUGACUAAAGCAAACUACGCAGCAUGGUCCACCUAUGGUGCCUCAACUCAGAAAAUAAGUGUCAUAUUUUGCACUUCAAAAAUUUUUGGCACCUCGGUCAGUGUGCCUCUCAUUUUUGAAGAUCAUAAAACAAAACAAAACAAAAAAAUAAAUAAAUCAACAUAUAGAGUGGUGCCUUGCGAUAACGGACACUUUGGGCGCAAGGGGUUGUCAGUUACUGCAAAUUAUCUUUUACUGAGACUGGUCUAUCUGCAAAAACCUUAAACACCCACUUUGCCUUUUUCAGUAGUUUAUUCUCUUUUAAUAAUAUGUCCUGGUAUGGUUGAAGAAUAAACACUGGGGAUCUGUUCCCUGUGUUUAUUGGUAAAUUACAAGUAGUACUGAAGCUUGGAGGCUUGGUAGCUUAGUAGCGAGGAGGCUUGAGAAGUUGCCGGCAGCCGGGAUGAAACUUAUAGUCGGUAGCGGCCAGAGUGAGACUUGUAGCUGGUACGCCGGAUGAGAAUUACAGUCUAGACAACUGGAGUCUCACGGUGUAGAGGUAGACUGGCUGUGCAGAACAGGAUAACCAGUACAAAGGCAAAAACGGGAUUGCCAGGCGGAGCGUGAGCUAUGAGUCUCUCUCCAAGCUGUGUUAGAGAAGGACUGAGUGCGGCGUGGGUCUGCUGAGUACCACACGGCCACAGUACAUUGGGUAAACAUUACCGCGCAUCAAAGUAGUACCCAUUAUAAACAAAAAAAUAUUUUGAUAAUUUAAUCUAUCUUAUUCUACACUCAAUGUUAAAGUAAAAGAGUUAAUUAUUAUUAAGAAGUGAACAAUAAUAAAAAUUUAUCUUAUCAAGAAUAGGUGAAUUAAGAUAUAACUUUCCAUUUGCUGUAAUGGCCGAUUCCCAUGUUGUCUAGUGGCAUCCUUAACCCCUUCACGCCGGAUGUUAAAAAAGCCCGCCUGUAUGAUAUACGGGUGGUAGUGCCACGCCCAAGCGCGGGAAACUUGUGCAAGCUUGUCAUACUUGUCGUCUUUGUGUAUUAUGCUGCUAUGUUUUAGUCACUAUAUCGCCUUCGAAGAGGAAAGUGGACGCUUCUCUCUUCGAGAGA